AAAUUAGACGUAACAGAAUCUAUAGCUAUGUACCCUCAUUUACCUUUCUCCAAAUCUAUGCGAAAGAGCAGGAAAUGACUAGAUCUCAUCAUCGAUCCAGUACACAUAGAAUAGGUCUGAGACGAUCACGUGGUCCUGUGUCCAGACUGAAAAAUCGAUAAUCUGCAUGACCAAAACAAGCAUUCCAAAUACAUUUUCCAACCAACAAAUUACUUCCAGCACAGCCACACUCAUAAUUAAAAACGUGGAUCAAUAGAAUAGAAUACUAAGCCAAGGAUAAUGGCCUCCAUAUGGCGCCGAAUAAUCCCCCAACGCGUGGCCAACACCGGCUCACAACUACGCGAUCACCAAGCCAACGAGCGCACCUUUCUCUCCUGGACCCGCAUGGGCCUCGGCUUCGCAGCUAUGGCUCUAGCCCUCGGGCGUCUGGAUGCAGUCGAUCGCAUGCUCUCGUCUGCCCUGUCAAGCAGCAAAUUGAACCUGGUCGUCGGCUCGGAUAAUACCACAGCCACAGUCGCCGCCACUCCAGCGCCCGUGCAGACACGCGAUGUCGACCGCAAAAACGGCCAAGAACAACAUCCCAGCAGCUUGUUAUUUUUCGACCACAACGGCGGAUUUUCUGCCAUGACGUUCUGUCAAGCCAUUAGUAUCUCAUCCUUUGUGUAUGGUAUUUUUCGAUACCUGUCUGUUCGGAAGAGUUUGCUCAAGGGGCAGUUCACCCCUGCUGUCUGGGGGCCUGUUCUUAUGACGUCUGGGUGUCUGGGGGUGUUUGGGACUAUGGGUAUGUGGGUUGAACAGAAGAAUGCAUCGAGGAUGUCACGACAUGACUCCUGAUGAUUACUGCCAGACGGGAUUGACUGUCCAUGAAUAGGAGAAUGUAUGUAUCAUUUAAAAGCAUAAAUAAGACUGGGCGCUCCUUGAAAGCAUUCUCAAACCACUCACAGCCGACUAGAGAUAGAUAUGCAUGUUCAGAAAAGUGCCAUGUGAUGGCGAGAACAUGUUAAGAUACAAUGGUAGACAAUAAAGCAUCAAGAGAUGAUAUAAAUUUCGUAUGACUAUCGUAAAGAUAGUAAGUACUGUAAGGAAAACGAGU